AUGGCACAGCAGGGAAAUCAACUGGACCGACAGAAAUUCUGCUGUUCGAUCUGUUUGGAUCUCCUGAAGGAUCCGGUGACUAUUCCCUGUGGACACAGCUACUGCAUGAGCUGCAUUAAAGCCCACUUUGAUGUGGAAGAUCAGAGGGGAAUUUACAGCUGCCCUCAAUGCAGGAAAAUCUUCAUACCGAGGCCUGUCCUGGAGAAAAACACCAUGUUAGCAGAAAUAUUAGAAGACCUGAAGAAGACUGGACUCCAAGAUGCUCCUGCUGAUCACUGCUAUGCUGGACCUGAAGAUGUGGCCUGUGAUUUUUCUCCCAGAGCAGAAAUCACAGGCCACAUCUUCAAGUCCAGCAUAGCAGUGAUCAGCAGGAGCAUCUUUGAGUCCAGUCUUCUUCAGGUCUUCUGA